ACUCCGCAGUGGUGGCUUUUUUCGGUGCCGUCUUUAUCCAAGUCCGGCCCUCCUGGACACUCCUGCCUCCCCGCUACUCCUCUCUCCCCGCACCAGCCAUGUCGUCCAACAUCAACAUCAGCCAGGUCGACCCCACGGCGCCGACACCGCAAAACACGCCCCUCAGCCACGCCCCCAUCGCGCAGGGUCUCUCGCGGCCGACCGUCCCAGACAUCAGCGAGGACAAUGAGCCAGAGGAGGAGGAGGAGGAGUCGGGCAUCCAGCAGGCCAUGCAGGGCCUCGUCAGCGCGAAGCUCGCCACCCUCAUCGGCAAGAGCUCCGGCUACGUCGAGAGCCUCCCAGAGAACGUCCGGAAGAGCGUUGAGGCGCUCAAGGGCGUCCAGGUGAGGCAGGUCGAGCUGCAGAACCAGUACAAGCGCGAAUGUCUCGAGCUCGAGAAAAAGUACCACGAGCUGCAAAAACCGCUGUUCGAGCGUCGCUUCAAGAUCCUCACUGGGGCCGAGGAGGCGACCAUGGCAGAGGUCGAGGCCGGCGAGAAGGAGUGGGCCAAGGAGGACGAGGAGUAUCGACCUCUCGGCACAGAGGCGACCUACCCGUCCGUCGCCAUCCCCGAGUUCUGGCUCACCGCGCUGCGCAACCAUGUUGGCCUGUCGGAGAUCAUCACAGAUCGCGACGGCGACGCCCUCAAGCACCUCGUCGACAUUCGUCUCGAGUACCUCCCCACCACGGACACCAAGCCCGGCUUCAAGCUCAUCUUCGUCUUCACCCCGAACGAAUUCUUCGAGAACUCGGUGCUCGAGAAGACGUAUAUGUACCAGGAGGAGGUUGGCUACACGGGCGAUUUCAUGUACGAUCAUGCGAUUGGCACGGAGAUCAAGUGGAAGGAGGACAAGGACCUCACGAAGGAGUUUGAGAUCAAGAAGCAGAGGAACAAAAACACGAACCGGACGCGUUUAGUGCGGAAGGCAAAGCCAACGGACUCGUUUUUCAACUUCUUCGCGCCCCCGCAGCCACCGAGCGAUGACGACGACGUUGAUGGGGAAGAGCUCGAGGAGCUCGAGGAAAAAUUGGAGAUGGACUACCAGAUCGGCGAGGAUAUCAAGGAGAAGAUCAUUCCCCGUGCGAUUGACUACUUCACCGGCCGCGCGCUUGAGUUUGAGGACUUCGAGGACGACGAUGACUUUGAGGAUAUCGAUGAUGAGGAUGACGACGAGGACCACUUCGAGGAUGAGGACUCGGAGUCGGACGAUGCGUCGCCCGCACAACGGCGGCGCAUGCCCGCGAAGGGCGGCGCGGGCGCGAACCAGAACGUGAAUCCGGAGGAGUGUAAGCAGCAGUGAUCGCGCGUGUCCUUCGCUGCUUGCCCGUGGAGUGUAGCAUGGUGGAGUCUGGCUGUGUCCCCCUCGUCAUUGUCGGUUGGAAGGUCCUGGUAUGCAAUCUGGUAGGUCAUCAAUCGUGUUGUUGUUCAAUCAUACGUACGUACGCCCGGGAAAACGUAAUGUUGUCAUGCUUGUAUUCAUUAUUCACGCUCUCCCCAUCCCACCCCGUGCUCUCGUACUGUCUGCGUCUUGUGCCUUGAUAUCUCUCGACGAAAACAAAUGAUGUUCAGGUGCCUCGUGUGUCUUCUCAUUCUCAUGGUCGUGGAUCUGCCCGGCGGAGAGAAGGAUGGCGGGAACGAUUUUGACAACCUCAGCUGCGGAUCGAGUGUUUCGGGGGUGAAGCGAGC